GGACCAUGGAAGCUUCUUCUCCUCAUAGGAGACAGUUUCUCUACAGCAUUCAGCGAGCUCUUGAAUACGUAUCAACAGCUUGGGAGAACUCUUUGUCUCCUUCUCCAAACUUCAGACCUCUUCUCAGAUGACAAAACCACGGCAGAGAUUCUCGCUAUUGUGUAUAAAGAUGUCUUGGACUUUCACUUUGAAGCUUUCAAAUAUUUUCAACAACCAAUGUUGAAACAGAUUUACCAUGCGACCUGGAAAACGUACAAAACGAAGUUCUCAGAUUUAAUACACAACUUGGACCAACAUGGAUUGUUGCUUCUUGGCCAAACCACACUUGCGCAGGCGAGAAGAUCAAGGGAACAGGAGAUAGGGCAAAGACUUCGAGAUCGUAGCGACAGAGACUGCCGCGCACGAGAGAGGAUAAUUGGAUGGCUACAAGGAGCAGGCAUGGAUUCCAACGUCAAGAAUGACCAUGCCAAGUUACUAAAAGUCAGAUCCAAUGCACCCAACUCGGGCAAAUGGCUCUUAUCUAAAGCUGAGUUCAAAAGAUGGUUUGGUCGAUUUCCCAGUAUUCCGGCUUUACUGUGGAUUAACGGCAUGCCGGGCGCGGGGAAGACAGUUUUGGCUUCCAUGAUUGUUGAUCAGGCUCAAGCUCUAAGUCACACAACAGUCCUGUACUUCUAUUGUAAGGCUGACAACCCGGAAAAAAAUAACUUCCUUUCCAUUGGGCGAAGACUGCUUCUUCAACUGCUGGAGCAGAACCCGGAACUUCUAUAUUAUUUCGACAGUCAGUACCAGUCAAGCACCGAUGCCACUCUUACCACGAUUUCACAUUUGGAGGAACUACUGCAAAUCGGCAUAAAGAAUACUGCAAGCACAUACAUCAUCCUCGAUGGCCUCGACGAAUGUCCAGUAGAAGAGACAAAGGCCAUUUGUUCAUGGUUUCGGAAGCUGGUUGAAGAUCAGCCAAAUGCAAAUCCCGACCAGAUUCGCUGUCUGUUCGUGAGUCAAGAUGAAAAAACCACUAGACAGGCCUUAAGCGAUAUUGCGAGUUUGAAGAUACGGGCCAGCGACAAUAUGGAAGACAUUGCUGAAUUUUCGUUGCAUUGGGCGUUAAGAAUAAAGAAGAGGUUUGGGCUACGGGACGAAGAACGAGUCUCGAUUGCAAAAAAAGUCCCGGAUGUUUGUGGAGGAAUGUUUCUACUCGCCAAGUUAAUUUGCGAAAAUUUAUAUGAGCAGGCAAACCUUGAUGACCUAUACACCGAGCUGCAGCCGAACACGUUUCCACAAGAAAUUGAUGAAGCGUUAAUAUGGGCGCAUCAUGGUCAGACUUUCCAGCCAAAUGCCCUCUAA